AUGGGAAUGCGGAGUGUAGCCAUUGAGUUUGACACGCUUCCAAAUGCCAAGCACAAUGAUAUGAAGCAGCAGCAUGUGGGGCUCAACAUAAAUGGCCUGGAUAAAUCCGUGAUCGCAGUGGAAUCGUCAUUCACUCUGACCAACGGCGAUGCGUACACGGCAUGGGUGGACUACGACCCGUGGAAUCGUGGCACAGUCCGGGUGUUUCUAGCCAACUCCAACGUGAAGCCAGGAAAGCCACUUCUGCAGAGCACUUUGUCGCUGUGUGAGGUGCUGCAGCCUAGUGUGCAGCAGCCAGCGUUCUUCUUUGGCUUUGUGGCAUCCACCACUGUGAAGCCCUUUCAGAGGCACGCCAUUCUCAAGUCUGGCAUGACCCUUGGCCUCGAAUUAGCUGGAGGCGCAUUUGCACCACCUCAAGCCAACCCAUUCUUCCGCUAUGUGAGCGCGGACUACGAAUGGACAACAACCAAUAGCGACUCGUGGGCCGUCCGUGACUUCCACACCUGGGACUCAGUGGCCUUCCUUGGCUGGCCUGUCAAGCAUCAGAUGGCUUGCAGUGCAUGCUGGGCAUAUGCGGUGGUGGCAAGUGUGGAGGCAGCAUAUGGCAUUGCAACGAAUCAGAUCGCUCCUCAGCUGUCAGUGGAGCCACUCUUUGCAGCCAUGGGGCUCACCGAUACUAAGUGCACCGCUGGAGGCUCCCCCACUCAGGCGUUUGAGAAGCUUGUGACUCUUGAUGCCAGCAGUGGACUCAUGGGAGGAAGCAAUCAGCGUGCAUACUUCAAGGGGCAUGAGGGUCUCAUGCUGGCUGUGCAGCGCCAGCCAGUGGUGGUUCACAUAGAGGCCUUAGCUGACACGUUCAUCAGCUAUGAUGGGACGUUCAAAUACCAGGAUCCUGCUUGCUACACCGGCAGUCUGAACCACGUCGUACUCGUCAUUGGCUACUUCAUCAAUAGAGAUGAUGGCAGCCAGAUACGCAUUCCUCCUCCCUUUUGGAUCAUUCGCAACUCAUGGGGAACUAGUUGGGGCGACGGUGGCCACAUGCGCAUGGCCAUAGAGGGAGGGGAUGGCGUGUGUGGGAUCAACGUGCUGCCUGGCAUCUACCCCAUUAUCAAGAUUCCAGGGGAUCCCUGUAGGAGAAGAAGCUACCGUGGUGAUCAGGAUCAGUACGGCAUAAUGAACCCGUGUGGCCGGUUCCCAUGUCAAGAGGACAAUGAAGGCCAGCGCUGCAGCUGCAAUAUUUCUCAAGUUCCUCAAGAUAUGAGGCAACCUUUUGUUGAGGUUGAUAAUGGUUACGGCUCCAAAACAUGUGCUUAUGGUAAGAUCUGGCUGUAA